AUGAAUAACAUUCCGCGCCGCCACAAGCUUGCCGGCUUUUUCGACUUCAGCGCCCCAUUCCUCUCUAAAGCUACAGAUUACCGUACCUUGAUUUACCAGCACGUCGACCCGAUGGCAGUUAAACUCGCGAACCCGAGUCCUCUUGGAUUCGCCGGGUUUGCAACGACGUUGAUGACACUAUCGCUGUCCAUGAUGGGAGCUCGCGGCGUAGAGAAUGAAGGGAUGUUUAUUGGCAACUUACUUCUCUUGGCUGGUCUCGGGCUGAUUAUCACCGCCCAAUGGGAGAUGGUCAGAGGAAACACGUUUGGGUACACAAUUUUGAGCGCGUUCGGCUUCUACUACGCGGGUUAUGGUAUGAGGAUCCUGAAGUUCUUUUUGGAGGAAUGCUCAAGAUGGCUCAUUCGACCUAGUAUGGUCCUGCUUGAAUUUCAUCUUCUUCCUCGCAUCCUUAUCGACACUAACAACGCCUUGCAAUAUGGAAACGUCGCGAAUAUCAUCGUGUAUGGUGCCCUCGAGCUCCUUUACAUUCUCAGCUCGGCGGCAAAGUUUGCAAUGGCAGACGGCGACUUCCCCACGGGGCGCAUCUUGACCAGGACGGCCGGGGCUUUUGGAGCCAUCUCAGCCCUCUCUGGCUUCUACCUCCUGUACCAGGGCCUCUGUGAGCAACUAUCUCCUGUCCCGGCCCCACUGGGCGAACUUCACUGCUUUGAACCAAGAAUUAUCACGAAGGAACAUACUCCGGAGCCGGCUCAGUAG